AUGACUUCUCGGGACCAGCUGGUGCAGCAGGUACUGGGGGAGCUGCAGGAGGCAGUGGAGUCCGAGGGCCUGGAGGGUCUGGUUAGUGCCGCCCUGGAGGCCAAGCAGGUGCUAUCGUCCUUCACCCUCCCCACCUGCCGGAAAGAGGGCACUGGUCUCCAGGUGUUGGAGGUGGACUCGGUGGCCCUGAGCCUGUACCCAGAGGAUGCUCCACAGAAUAUGCUGCCACUGGUGUGCAAGGGCGAGGGCAGCCUGCUGUUCGAGGCGGCCAGCAUGCUGCUGUGGGGCGACGCUGGCCUCAGCUUGGAGCUGCGGGCUCGCACGGUGGUGGAGAUGCUGCUGCACCGACACUAUUAUCUCCAGGGCAUGAUCGACUCCAAGGUGAUGCUGCAGGCCGUGCGCUACUCCCUGUGCUCCGAGGAGUCCCCCGAGAUGACCAGCCUGCCAUCUGCCACGCUGGAAGCCAUCUUUGAUGCGGACGUCAAGGCCACCUGCUUCCCGAAUAGCUUCUGCAAUGUGUGGCACCUGUACGCCCUCGCCUCCGUCCUUCAGCGCAACAUAUAUUCCAUCUACCCCAUGCGCAACCUCAAGAUCCGGCCCUACUUUAACCGCGUCAUCCGACCCCGUCGCUGCGACAACAUGCCCUCCACACUGCACAUCAUGUGGGCUGGCCAGCCUCUCACCAGGCACCUCUUCCGCCACCAGUACUUUGCCCCUGUGGUAGGACUGGAGGAGGUGGAGGCUGAUGGUUCUCUGGGGCUAGCCUCCACUCCUCCAGCCCAGGCCACACUGCCACCACCCGCCACACUGCCACCACCCGCCACCCCCGCCAAGACCCUUGAGCUGCUUAACCGGGACCCCGGCCUCAGUUACUCCCACCUCUGCGAUCGCUAUAGCAUUACUAAGAGCACCUUCUACCGCUGGCGGCGGCAGUCCCAGGAGCAUCGGCGGAAGGUGGCCACCCGCUUCUCCGCCAAGCACUUCCUGCAGGACAGCUUCCACCGUGGGGGCCUCGUGCCACUGCAGCAGUUCCUCCAGCGGUUCCCUGAGAUCUCCCGCUCCACCUAUUAUGCCUGGAAGCACGAGCUGCUGGGCUCUGCCUCUUGUUCAACCCUAGCCCCGGCCCCAAAGGAGGUGCUGGCCAUGGAGAAGCUGCCAGGGCAGAGGGCUGCCGAGGGCCCGGGGCACUCCCCACUGAUGGUGGCAAGCCCUGGAAUGGUCGUAAUGCAGCGGGCCAAGUUGUACCUGGAGCAUUGCAUCUCCCUGAACACCCUGGUACCCUAUCGCUGCUUCAAACGCAGGUUCCCUGGCAUCUCAAGGUCCACUUACUACAACUGGCGGCGAAAGGCCCUCCGGAGGAACCCCAGCUUCAAGCCAGCCCCGUCCCUCCCAGCUGCAGGAACUCCCCAACUAGUAUCUGGUGGGGAAGGGGCCCUGCUCCCUUGGAAGGAUGAGGUGGGGGAGGGGACAGGGAAAGCAACAGGUGAGAAGCUCCCCCGACCCCGGGAGCUCCUGCCCCAGAGAAUGCACCUGUCCCGCUGGCAGAGACACCUGCGCAGGGCCGCCUGCAAGCAGGUGCUGAGUGGGCAUCUACCCUUCUGUCGCUUUCGUCUUCGCUACCCUAGCCUGUCACCUUCCUUCUUUUGGGUCUGGAAGAGUCUUGCCAGGGACCGGGGCCGGCCUGGAGGCCUGUCCAAAUAUCGGAGGCGGGCCUCUUCCUUGGGCAGAGAGGGCCAGGAAGGGGAGGAGAAACAGAAGGAAGCUGGCAGGAAUGUGACAACUGUAGUGACCCCACCUGUGGGCACCCUGCCAUUGGGUGCUUCUUCAGGAAAGGAUCCAGAGGAGGCCCAGGGAGGGCCUUCCAAAGAGGAGGCCCCGAGAGAGGGAGCCACAGCUCAGAGUGAGCCCCACAGUGGGUCCCUGUCAAGCCAACCUGUGGUGUCAGUGGCAGGUGGCAAGGAUGGCCAGGUGCUGGUGAUGGACAUGCUCACUACCACAAAGUUCAAGGCCCAGGCCAAGUUAUUCUUGCAGAAGCGAUUCCAGUCCAAGAGCUUCCCCUCUUACAAGGAGUUCAGUGCCCUUUUCCCCCUCACUGCCCGCUCCACCUACUACAUGUGGAAGCGAGCACUCUAUGAAGGCCUCACCCUGAUUGAUGGCUGA